AUGGUUUAAAGUAGCGUACAAAGAGAAUUUACGAGGACACUCCAAAAAAGUUCACAAGCCCAGAACGAAUUACUUGUCAGCUGAUUAUCGACUUUCCCACCGAAUCAUCAACGAGUGGAAUUCAUUACCUCAACACGUGGUUGAAGCUCCAUCCGUAGAUUCUUUCAAAAGAAAGUUGGAUCAACUGAGAGAACACAAUUGCCAGGAAUAACACAGGCCAUCAAGCCUCCUGUCCUUUCCAAACUGAAACUGAAAAAAUGCGUAAAUCCUGUAGUAUAAUACUUUACGGAGAAUUAAUUACUUUACUUAUGUAGACUGUUCAACAACAAUGUUGAGAAAUAGCCGUAAUGACUACUUCAAAGUGUUAAAAUAUCCCUAAUGAUUUUUGUGAAUACAGAUGUCUAGAUACAUGGAACGUGGUUGUUUCAGUGCACUGAUAAUCAUUUGAUUGCAUCAUUUAAUGAACUAUUCAAAAUGAAUCACACCGAUAAUUCGCCGUCGUCGUUAUGCAUCAGAGAUGACGCCAGAAAAUUAAUAGACCCUAAUAAUUUAGUUGAAUUGGCACACUACGUUGAAAGUGCCAAUAAUUUUGUUAGUGCAAAUGCUUGUUCUCAACUUCGAUUAAUUGUUGAACAGAUGCAACACUUGAAGUCUCAGGCAAAGGCUAUCAUACAAAACGCUCAUAGAGAUACUUUGUUGCAUAAACUUCCCUGUAAUUUCGUAAAAAAACCAGGAAAUGUUUAUUACGUGUAUGAGAAGCCAGACGCUAACCAGUAUUUCAGUCUACUUUCACCCACGGAGUGGGAUGGCUGUCCACACAAAUAUAUUGGAGCUUAUAAACUUCUCUCUGAUAUGUCUUGGAUUUCUGAAGACAAUCUUGAUAACUACGAAUCUAAUCGCAGAGCAGCACUCCAAAUUAUGGAUAAACAACAGAUAAUGCUAGAUCUUAAAAACAUGACAUAGUUAUCCAUUUUUUGUUUCCACUUCAUAUAUUCCUGGCAUCAAAACAAAAGUCGUUGUUACCUACAUUUCUUCAUUUCAAACAACUUGCAAUACCAUAAAACAAGUUCUGUUUAUCAGUAAUUUUACAGUUUUGUAAUGCGUUUUUUACAUAUUCAUUUGACUCUUUUGGUUCGUCUAAAUGUUUAAGGUCUCUACUUUAUUUCUCUUCCGAUUUAUUUGGUUAUUUAUUAUAAUGUUUUCAAUCUAUACUACCUUUUGGCGUAAAAUCCUCGCUUUAUUACUUGCUCGGCCGACUCUUCCCUUCCUAUUGAUAUUCUUUUUACCCAAUAUUUGUCACUAUUCCUGCAACAACAACUGCUUCCACUAGUUUGGUACUCAUCUCGUCAAUUUUAUCUCUCUGUCCUAAUAUACUGUGACAACUUGACCUGUUGUCCAUUUGUGCCGGGUGCAUGUUGAAUAUGACUGACCUACUCUAUUAUUAAGAAAUAUUCGGUAAAGUACAUGUUUUAGAAAGAGAACAACU